GCUGCACAAAGGAGAGAGAGAGAUGGCAACAGCUGAACUUGGAUUCAAAAAGCCGUUAAGCAAGGAAGAAAAAGUAAUGAAGAAGAAAGAGCGUCUGACUGCCAUCGGUAAAUCAUCUGGAUGUGAGUUUUUUUGUCAUACAGAUUUGCGGAAUGAUCGUCCCUCUACAACACAAUUUAAGGAUAAACUUUCAUGGUUUCUUAGUUCUCUGCCUUCUGCUGAUUGUGCAAAAGGACAUAACUAUUGUGACACGGAAACAGUUGCAAUUGGCUGGAAAUAAAGAGUUGAGUCACGUGUCCUACUUAUAUAUAUGUUUAUAUAGUUAUGCUUAAUUAGUAUUGGUAAUUUAAUUUGACUUUCAUUGAAUGAGGGUUUAUGAGACCUCUUAACUAUCAAAUAGCAAGAGCACAUGUUCUUUGUGAUGUCAUUGUAAUUUCUAGUAAUGAGAAGAACCACGUCAAUGAGUUAUAGUUCAAAUGGCAUAGUCUUUCCAUACUCAAUUAAGAGGUUGUAGGUUCGAGUCUCCUAUCUUUGUUAAAA